UGUAAACAGAACCUUGGCAUGAUUGGCUCCGAUGAAAUGUCGUCAACAACGAGCAUGGAUAUAAGUGAGACAUUUCGACCUGAAGAUUUAUCGAAAACGGAUUUUUUUGAUUUUGUCACAGCACCGGAUAUGGGUAUUGGCAUCGGCGUUGGCCAUGAUGAUCGGCCGCCUGGAACUAGUGAUACAAAUGGAACGACAAAUGAUCCAGCGUUAGAUGGUUAUGAUCAGUUCUGGACAUCUGAUAAGGACACCCAUAGCCGUUUAGAAUCGACAAUAUUCGAAGAUCUCGAUCGAUAUUGUUGGCAGCAACAACAACAGCACCAUCAUCAACAUCAACAACAACAGCCUCAACAUCAUCAGUCCCAACAGCAAUCGUCACAAACGUCUACACAGCCAUCUCAACAACAACAACAGCCACAGCAACAACAAUCACAUCAUCAGUCACAACAACAACAUCAACUUCCCUCGCCGGUAACGUUAACACCAUCCAGCAGUUCACAGAGCACCGCCAAUAACAGUCAAGCUAAUUCCUUAAUUGGUUCUGUUGGAACCAGCAGCACAACAAUCGUUGGUGGCAAUAACAGCAACGAUAACACCGAUGGUCAAAUUUACACAUUGACAGUAUUAAAUGGCAAUGAGCCAUGGAUUAAACGUGACCCAGACGCCCAAUUACCACCGUCAUUGGAUCUCGACUCUUUACUGGGUAACUUUCCCGGUUAUAUAAAAUCAGAGUAUCCCUAUGAUGAUAGCGGAUUUAGUACGGAUGGAACAAAAGAGACCGAUCAGGUGCAUCAGUCAUUGCAGCCACACCAUUUGCAUAGUGUGGUUGCACAGAGUUCAAUACCACCGGUCACAACGAUAGCAACAACAAACAGUACAACCCAAUUGGCACAGUUCCAAAAUAAUAACAAUGAUUGGCAUAUGGCUGAUAAUAAUACUGAACAGAAUUCUGCUGAAUCUUUGCUGAGGAGUGCUCUGCAAGGCAAAGGCUAUUCCAAAGGUCUUCAUUUACAAAAUGGUAUUACGUUACUCCCUCCAUCACCAUCGGUGAAGGAUGAAGAGCUUCGGCGAGCUCUGUUUCAUUCGGAAGCUGACUCACUUUCCUUUGCCGAUUCAGCUCUAACUGCUCAAAUAUUCGACGACAGUCAGGGCAUCGGUAAUUCAACAACUUCCUCGUCUUCAUCUCAUUCUCAUGCCCAUGUCGUGGGACAAUCACAAUUGCAACAUCAACAACAACAAACAACCAACUCAUCCAAUUCUAGUUCUGCCAAUCCAAGCAGAAGUACACAAACAACAGCGACGACAGCUGGCAUCAUUGUCGAAGAUAUGUUCCUAUCCCUGGAGACCGCCUUCACCAAUGAAUUCGAGAAGAUCAAACGGAUCGCCAAUGAAGUUCAGCAAUUUUGCACGGCGAGUGAUUAUCCCGAGGUGAUAAUGGAAAUAACUGGUCCACAGAAUUGUGUUCAAUUACAAUCACCACAGCCACCGCAACCGCCGCCACCGCCACAACCUCUACAGCCAGAGGUAUCAACGUCGAGCAAUAGUCGACCGCCACCCACGGGUAAAGGUGGUGGUGGCGGAGGAGGUGGUGGUGGAUCAAAGAAGUACAAAAGAUCAAAUUUAAACCCUAACAAUCGCAACAAUAACAACAACAACAAUAACUCCCACAUAGCUAACAAUAAUAACCCCAGCAACACUACCAGUCCGACGCACUGUAAUGGUCAACGAAAGGAACGAUCGUUACACUACUGUUCCAUCUGUUCCAAGGGCUUCAAGGAUAAAUAUUCGGUAAAUGUUCACAUUCGAACUCACACUGGUGAGAAACCAUUUGCCUGCUCAUUGUGUGGCAAGAGUUUUCGACAGAAAGCCCAUUUAGCGAAACACUACCAAACACAUUUGGCCCAGAAGAGUAAUGGUAGUGUUGUUAAAGGCGGCAGUAAGCAUCAACGUUCAUCGGGGGCGGUGGCAGCUCUGGCUGCUCAGCAGCGACAGAUGAGUCCGAAUACUGCGACACCCCCAAUUCCGAAUGGGCCAUCACAGCCAUCAUUGCCAACACUGCCGCCAGCUAAUGGCCUACUCGCGAACAGAUAAAAAUGUCUACCGCCCGCUGGGCUCCAGUAGUGGUGGUCUUAAUUUUUUCUUAUAUACAUCGUGUCGCAAUCGUUCCUAGAUAAAUUGUAUUUUAAUUUUUUGUUUUU